AUGACAAAACAACCGAUCAAACUUUCUGAUAUACCAGCUUAUAAGGAAUUUAUUGAAAAGUAUGAAACUUUUUUACUUGAUUGUGAUGGAGUAAUAUGGCAAACAAAUAAGGUAUUCCCGGGAGUUGUAGAGACAUUAAGUUAUUUAAGAAAGAAUGGCAAACAAAUAUUAUUUGUAACAAAUAAUGCUAUGAAGUCUCGUGCGCAAUAUCUUGAGAAAUUUAAAAAAUUAAAUAUUGAAGCUUAUGAAGAUGAAAUUUUUGGGUCAUCAUAUGUAGCUGCUUACUAUAUAAAGAAUGUAUUAAAUUUUCCUAAAGAUAAGAAAGUUUACGUUUUUGGUGAAUCUGGGAUGGUUGAUGAAUUGAAUACUCAAGGAAUUAGAUAUUGUGGUGGCGAAGAUGACGUAAAUGCUAUAUUAAAAGAUAUGGAUAUGUCAAAUAUAAAACCUGAUCCCGAAGUUGGAGCAGUAUUAUGUGGAUUUGAUUCAAAAAUAAAUUAUGUAAAAUUAGCAAAGGCAUUUACAAAUCUACACAACAAUCCGAAUUGUUAUUUCAUUUUGACAAAUGAUGAUCCAACGUAUCCAACAAAUGGUGGAAUAUUUCCUGGUGCAGGGUCAUUAUCAGCUCCACUGAUCAAAGCAUUGGAUAGACAACCUGAUUAUAUUUGUGGCAAACCUAAUAAACCAAUGUUAGAUUGUAUUAUGAAAAAAUAUGAUUUAAACGUUGAGAAAACUUGUAUGAUUGGUGAUCGAUUGAAUACCGAUAUACAAUUUGGAAUAAAUGGCGGUUUUGCUACCCUGUUGGUAUUAACUGGAAUAUCCAAAGAAAGUGAUAUUUUAUCCGAGGGUGCAAAAAUUAUUCCAGAUUAUUAUAUGGAAAGUUUUGGUGAUUUCUCCAAAAUAAUUUAA